AUGCACAAUUUCCUAGAUGACAUUGACAAUUUCCAAGAGCAAACUCUAAAGAUAUUUCUUGACAUGGGGUUUGAUUCAUUCAUGCUUGUCUUUCCUAAUGCCGAACAGAAUGAGAAGGAUAUCGCUAUCUAUGUUGAAGGGGGUUUUGAGAUUUCUACAAAAGGAAAUUUCAAAAAAGUUCUUGCAAAGAAAGAUCCAGAGGGCUUCUUUAAAGGGUUGAAAGGCCUCUCUCGGGACCGUAGACCCAAGGUUUUUCCGGCAUCGGAGCCUAGAAGGGAUGGAUCCCCCAAGCUGAUUUUCGAUUUUGCCUCACCUCUUAAGGGCUGGUGCCGUAGGUUCUUCUUCGUGUCUGGAAGAGCUUGGGAAUUCGACAAAGGGGAUCUCUUUGACAUCCGUGUGCCACUUAUGUCAACAGUCCCAGGAAUUUAG